CAGCAGCUUGUGAAAGAAUUCUUCAACGGCAAAGAGCCUUCUCGGGGCAUCAAUCCUGACGAAGCUGUAGCUUAUGGCGCUGCGGUCCAAGCGGGCGUCCUUUCUGGGGAUCAGGAUACUGGUGACUUGGUGCUACUCGAUGUGUGCCCCCUGACCUUGGGCAUUGAAACUGUUGGCGGGGUCAUGACCAAACUCAUCCCAAGGAACACGGUGGUCCCCACCAAGAAGUCACAGAUAUUCUCCACGGCUUCUGACAAUCAGCCAACAGUGACAAUCAAGGUCUAUGAAGGAGAACGUCCUCUCACAAAGGACAACCAUCUGCUGGGAACAUUUGACCUCACCGGUAUCCCUCCUGCUCCCCGGGGCGUCCCCCAAAUCGAGGUCACCUUUGAAAUAGACGUGAACGGAAUUUUGCGGGUGACGGCGGAGGACAAAGGGACCGGCAAUAAAAACAAAAUCACGAUCACCAACGACCAGAACCGUCUAACGCCAGAGGAGAUC